ACUGCACCGCAAGCUAUAGCUUAUUGCCGCACAUUUUCAUUGCACGUGUUUUCCAUCUACGGAGAGUCUUCGUUCCGGUCGUCUUGGCCUCAGCGUCUGUUCUAAUUAAAUAGAAACCGGUAUCGCUUGUACAUUGCUAUUCGGCGCAGGCCAGUGUGACCUCCGUUUCCAUUGUGAUUUUGUUGUGGAAGAUUCAGGAUGAGUGCUGGAUCAAUAUCCGAAACGUUCAAGCCGGCGUUGCUCGUGAUUGAUAUGCAAGAAGACUUUUGUCCUCCAAACGGUUCUCUUGCUGUCACCGGCGGCAGGGACAUUGUCCCCGUGAUCAACAACCUUCUGCGUCUACCAUUCAUAUUGCGUAUCGCAACCAAAGAUUUCCACCCGGCCGACCAUGUCUCAUUUGCUUCGAACCAUUCCGCCCCCAACAACGUCCCCUUUUCUUCAGUCGUGACGAUUGCCAAUCCGUCUAAUCCAGACGAGACGGAGACGACGAAAUUAUGGCCCGUUCACUGCGUCCAGGGCACUCCCGGCGCUGAAUUGCUGCCUGAACUAGACGCCUCUCGACUCGACCGCGUCAUUGAAAAGGGCACAGACUCCCGCGUCGAAAUGUAUUCUGCUUUCCGGACGCCUUUUCGCAAUCCAGCCAUGGCAGGUAGCGGCCUCACUGCCGUGCUCAAGGAAAAUGGCAUCACGCAUGUCUUUGUCGCAGGUUUGGCUGCAGAUUACUGCGUAUGUUACUCUGCGUUGGAUUCCGCUGAAGAUGGGUUCACUACGUACCUCCUUGAGGAGGGAACACGAGCUGUCGACCCAAGUCAGGACGGAUGGGGUCAACGGCGUCAGGAGCUGGAAAGUAAGGGAGUCAAGAUUGUAAGCGUUGAUGGGGAAGAGGUGCGGAGGGUAAAGAAUUUGCUGGCCUGAGUUUGCAGUAUGAGUAUUCUUCUGAUGAUUCAUUUGAGUAUUGCCUCUCAGCUAAAUUGACCGACUUGGACUAAGGUCAUUAAAGUAGAUCGCAUCCACUAGAUACUUGGGAUGUCUUGAGCGUCGAAGUCACUGAUACCCUUAUUAUCACUAUCCCGAUUUUCUUGGUCAUCAAUGACUGCUAAUGUUAUACAAUUAUGGUCACUCAGAUUCGAAGAUACUAUAUCACUAUAUUACUCUCUCUUUGCGGU